GUGUGUGUGUGUGUCCACUGCUGGUUCCUCUGUCUUUGCUCCCCUAUAGCUGUGUGUAAAGUCACCACUAGUCGCCCCCAGUGCUCUUGCUCUCUCUCCAGUUUGUCUUUCCUUUCUUUUUCUUUUUUUUUUUCUUCCCUCCCUCCACCCCUCCACCAUCACUACCACCACCACCACCACCACAACCACCACUGUAUGCUGGACUUAAACGUCACGUCCGCACAUGAACUUGAAUUUUUAUCCCAUCGCAGGGAGCCACAGACACACAGAGCGGAGAGACAGAAAGAGAGGAGAGAGUGAGAGGAGAGGCGAGAGAGAAGAGAAGAGAAAGGACAGAGAGCUCCCGGACAAACAGGACGCGCAAGAGAAAGGCACGCGGGGAGGAAAAAAAAAAAAAAAAAAAAGAGCGAGAGAGAGAGAGAGAGAGAAAAGAAAGCAGCUCGCAGGUGUCCUGGUGCAUUAUUAUUAUUAUUAUUAUUAUUAUUAUUAUUUUUAAAAAAAAAAGAAAGAAGAAGAUAAAUAAGAAGAGGGGAGAAGAGGAGGUGGAGGUGAAGCCUGAUGUGGCCGGAGCGCAUAGAGGAGCAGAGCGCAGGGAGCCGGAGGAGCGCGCAGUCGGAAACACCGCGCCAGCACUGAGCUCGCGCUCUGCCGCGGACACACACACACACACACACACGCACACACACACACACACACACACACAUACGCCACACACACACACACACACACACCACCGGGAUCAUCACAUGAUUACAUGAAUGCAUUAUUCUUUCUGACCAGCACGUGCAUGCAUGCUCCGGAGCAGCUGAGCUUCCUCGAGCCUCUUCGUCCUCAAAAUAAAAUAAAUACCAAUAAAAACCAAGAUUUCAAAAGGAUAUUGGACAAACACAUCGCACUCUUCAUUCUUCUUCUUGUUCAUCGUCUUCACCCUCACCUCACCUGAGCGCGUAAGAGCCUGAACGAGCCGUAAGAGCGCGUGCUGGCUGGGCAGGUCAACAAACUCCAAAAGUUGCCCAAGAUUAAAAAAAAAACAAAAAACAAAAAAAACAGAGAAGAAGAAGAAGAAGAAGAAGAAGAAGAGGAAGACGCAAAAAGGACACGGAGAAAUCUGAGUACGCCGGGGAUGCCACUGUAGCUGCCAGUGUAGCUGCCAGUGUAGAUGCCAGUGUAGAUGCCAGGCAGGGCGAUGUCCCGUCGCAAGCAGGGAAACCCUCAGCAUCUAUCACAGAGGGAGAUUAUAAGCACUGAAGCUGAGCAUGUGGAUGCAGACCUGUCGCUGGCCGAACUCGCCGGCCACCACACCCCCAUGCUGCUGGAUCCCAACAUGGUCGCCCCUCUGCCCCAGGGUCUCGGAGACCACGAUCUCCUGACUUGUGGCCAGUGCCAGGAGACCUUCCCACUGGGCCACAUCCUGCUCUUCAUCGAGCACAAGAAGAAGCAGUGCCACGGCCCCGCCGGCACCCACGGCUGCUACGACAAAAUGGCGGACCGCAGCAGUCCCUCGCCGCCCCGCGCCGAGCCGAGGAAGGUGGAGGAACCGGUCGAAAUCGGAAUCCAGGUGACACCCGAGGACGAAGACGAUAGACUGCUGACGCCUCCGAAAGGAAUUUGCCCUAAGCAAGAGAGCGGCCUGGCAGGUAGAGAUGAACCUUCGAGCUACAUAUGCACGUCAUGCAAGCAACCCUUCCCCAGCGCCUGGUUCCUCCUGCAGCAUGCCCAGAACACCCACGGGAUCCGCAUCUACCUGGAACCCAAUGGCUCCAACACGUCGCUCACUCCACGGAUCACUCUUCCUCCUCCUAUUGGUGCUGAGUCCAUACCCCAGUCCCCUCUGACCAACUUCUUAGGGGACAACAACCCCUUCCAUCUGCUCCGGAUGACUGGGCCACUGCUUCGAGAACCCACACCGGGCUUCGUUGAGAACCGUCUCCCAAACACCCCCCCCUUUGUUAGCCCCCCUCCACGCCACCACCUAGAUCCCCAUCGCCUGGAACGCCUUAGCGCCGAGGAAAUGGGUUUGAUUUCCCAGCAUCCCAGUGCCUUCGAGAGAGUGAUGCGCUUGACACCCAUGGCCAUGGAGACCCAGUCCAUGGAUUUCUCGCGCCGUCUGCGAGAGCUGGCAGGUAACAACAACUCCACCCCUCCGCUCUCACCCAGUCGUGCCAACCCUAUGCACCGCCUGCUCAAUCCCAACCCCUUCCAGCCUAACCGCAAGUCACCCUUCCUGAGCACCCCUCCACUGCCACCAAUGCCCCCAAACAGCACCACGCCACCUCAGACACAGGACAAGAGCAAAUCCUGCGAAUUCUGUGGGAAGACCUUCAAGUUCCAGAGCAACCUGAUAGUGCACCGGCGAAGCCACACAGGAGAGAAGCCUUACAAGUGUCAGCUGUGUGAUCACGCCUGUUCUCAGGCCAGCAAGCUGAAGCGCCACAUGAAGACCCACAUGCACAAACCCGGCUCAGUGACGGGUCGCUCAGACGAUGGUCUCUCUACCACUAGUUCACCUGAGCCAGGCACUAGCGACGUCACAGGAGAUCCCAUGAAAAACAGGGAUGGUGACUUCCAAGGCGAGGGACUAGGGCCUGACAAUGAAGAAGAGGAGGAGGAUGAAGAAGAGGAGGAACUGGAGAACGAGAGUAGGCCCGAGUCAAACUUUAGUAUGGACUCGGAGUUCAGCCGUAACAGGGAGAAUGGCUCCAAACCUCCAAAUGAUGAGAAGAGCCUCUCCUUGGGUAAAAUGGUAGACAAUGUGGGGCUGAACUCUAUUCAGCAGUACAAUAACUUGAUCGUUGACAAUCGUAAAAGGCUUCCCUUUUCAAAGAGGGGCUCUGAUGGACAGAGAGACACAGGAGAUGAGGACUCGGUGGUGGAGGAAAUGGAUCAUGUGGAGCGGGCCACCGUGAACGGCAGGAACUGUGGCUCGGGUGAUUCUUUCUCAGGCCUGUUCCCUCGCAAGCCCACCCCUAUCACCAGUCCCAGCCUCUCCAACUCCUCCAAAAGGAUCAAAAUAGAGAAAGACUUGGACAUGCCCCCAGCGUCUCUAAUCCCCUCUGAGAACGUCUACUCCCAAUGGCUGGUGGGUUAUGCAGCGUCACGGCACUUCAUCAAAGACCCCUUUCUCGGCUUCACCGAUUCCAGACAAUCGCCUUUCGCCACCUCCUCCGAGCACUCGUCAGAAAACGGCAGCCUGCGGUUCUCCACACCUCCUGGGGACCUGCUGGACGGGGGCCUUUCUGGACGCAGUGGCACUGCCAGCGGUGGCAGCACGCCUCAUCUGUCCGGGGGCCCGGGACCAGGACGUCCUAGCUCUAAAGAGAGCCGGCGCAGCGACACGUGUGAGUUCUGCGGCAAGGUUUUCAAGAACUGCAGCAACUUGACGGUGCACCGGCGCAGCCACACGGGUGAGAGGCCCUACAAGUGCGAGCUGUGCAACUACGCCUGCGCGCAGAGCAGCAAGCUCACCCGCCACAUGAAGACGCAUGGGCAGCUCGGUAAGGAAGUGUACCGCUGUGACAUUUGCCAAAUGCCCUUUAGCGUCUACAGCACGCUAGAGAAACACAUGAAAAAGUGGCAUGGCGAACAUUUGAUGACGAACGAGGUCAAAAUUGAACAAGCUGAGAGAAGCUAAGCCAGAUUUCCCAUUUGCCUCACAAUUCCUUGAAUAUUAAAAAGAGGGUAGCUGGAUAUUCUGUUUGUUUUCCUUUUCAAAUAAUAAUAAUAAUAAUAAUAAUAAUAAUAAUGAUAAUGAUAAUAAUAAUAAUUUCAAUUAGAUUUGCCUAAGAAACUGCCAUCUGAGAAAAAAUGACAGAAGCUAAGGGAAAUUGGAGCGGGUCUAAACUGCCUAAUUUGGCAUUUUUCUUUCCAGUCUGUCAGUCUAACAAUGGACGAAUUAGAUGAUGUUUAAAUGGAGCCUUUAACUGUGCAAUAAUUUCUGUAUUUAUUGGAUUUCGUAAUGUUUUGGCAUGUGCAGGUGCAUUUUUCUUUCUUUUUUUUUUUCUUUCUUUUUUUUUUUUUUUUUUUGUUUUUUUGUUCAUUGUCUUACUUUUAAAUUCAAAUGCUGUGAUUUUAUUUUGUUGUCGUUGUUAUUGUUGUUGUUUUUUAAACCCAGACAAAAACAAAAACCUGAGAUUGAAUUUUUAUCCACGACAGAGUACAAAUUUGAGAGAUCUUUAGGCCGCUGCUCAUGAAAUUGUAUAUUUAAGCUACAUGUAAUUUCUUGAAGAGAAGCCGGGUUCGAUCUUCGAUUUUUUUUUUUUUUUUUUUUUUUUUAAAGAAACUGAGAAAGCUAUCUUUUUGUUCGUUUUGUUUUGUUUUGUUUUGUUUUGAUCGUUGGUUUGAUUAGUCAUAUUAGGAUAUAAGCGGACAACAAUCCUUAGACUUUGUAGCGUGAACGCAUUCCAGACGUGUCAGUCUAAUAGGAAAUGUAGCACUGAAUGUCGGACGUGACGGUAAAUCCGGAGGAUCGCGGAGCUCUACGUAACGCAGAGAGGGAAGGUAGUUCCGGUACUAAGUACCGAUCCAGACAACACCAAUCAAGCAAAAAAUUUUUGCUUCAGUUCUUGCUCAGAUGCUAACAGGUGUACGACCUCGAUUAACGAGAACAGUUUUUUUCCCCACCUCUUUUCGAACGCCGACGCUUUGGUUGUCUGGACGUUCCGUUGCGUCGUUUGCGCUUACAUUUCUUGAGCAGGACGGCUAGCGCGAACUCCGACUAUCAACAUGACUACCUACCUAGCUAUGAUUAGCGCCACGUUUUUACACAAACGGGGCUAAUUAUAACCACACUGACAUUCCACAGACAGCCAUACGGUCUUACAUGGGUUGAUAUCGAAGAUUAUGCAGGAGAAAUACUAGGUAUUAUUAUUAUCUUAGCUAGCAGUUCUGAUUCGAAUGAUUUGAUGUACGUUGAUGAACGUUGGGGCGAAACGCCGAACCGAUUUAGCCAGAUUAGCGGAAAGCUUUCAGUCAUACACUCAUUAAUCAUAUGUCAAAGUGCAUUUGUAUGUAUAUUCCAAUCAUUUUGAGAAUUAAAUUUAUAAUGUACUGUAAAGGUGAAUACAGACACAAGUCGUAUGCACGGAAAAAAAAAAACAACAAACAAAAAAAAAUAUGUUUUAAUCUGUUUAAGCGAAAACAGUAAGACUUUCUUUUUCUUUCUCUCUUCUCAUUCAGGACUUCCUGUGAUGUGUAGUUGAAGUAGCAACACGCAUAAAGAAUGCGCAGCUGAUUUUUUUUUUUUUCUUUUUUUCUAAAGCUCCCCUUUCCUUCCCUCCUCCGCCCACCCCCCCCACCCCUUUUUUUUUCUCUCUCUCUCUCAACGAUCACUCCCAUCACCUUAAUCACGACCUCGAUUGGUAUUUUACCACACGAGGGCCAACAAUUUAUAGAAUCGAGGAGAUAUCACGGUUUAAGAACCCGCCCCCCCCCCGCCCACCCCCUCCAAAAAAAAAAAAGACAGAAGAAGAAAAAGAAGAGAGAAAUCAGCCGCAGCUCUUUGCAGUUCGUCCCCGCACUUUAUGAUUUGUUUUGUGCAUUCACGACUUCACGGAGAAAACGGCUUCUGAGCAAGAAAUUACGCUGAAAAAAAAAAAAAAAGGAUUUUUAGUUUUGCGAAAGGGAUCAUCUGAGAUUCGAGUGCCCGUGUUGCAAGGCUUGGCUUUCACAACACCGGCACUAUAAAAGUGAAAUUAAUUUAUUUGGACGGUUUUUGUACUGCCGUAUCAAUUUGACAUGAGUGUGCCUUGAAUACUGAAUACUGAUCUUCCUAUUUAUUGUCUCGCAAAAGACAAAAAUGCAACGGAUUUUUUUUCCUUUUCUUUUUUUUUUUUUCGUGUGUGCAAAAAAAAAACAAAACAAAUAAAAUAAAAAAAAUCUAUAAAAUGUCCGUAGAUCUAAUCUGCUUCUUAAUAAAUAAAUAAAUAAAUAAAUAAACGAAUAAAUAAAUAAAUAAAUGGAACGGAUCGGCGAUCGUAAAUAAAUUCUUGAAUAAAGAUUCUUGAUCGAGAGUAAACAGCACAAUAGUGCUGUACAUAUAGAACAAACACACACACACACACACACACACACACACAUUAUAGACGCAUAUAUGUGUAUUUCUUCACUUCAGGAUAUGACCGAAUCCCUUGAUAAAAACUGUACAUUGUUUUCCAGAAUUUUGUAUUUUUUUUUUUAUUUUAAUAUUAUUUUUAUUUACAUUUUUUUCUGUUCUUUUUUUUGUUUUGUUUUUUUUUGUUUUUGCUACAAAUAGACAAGGAAGAGACUGGACGAACAUCAGGAACUACAGAAACUUUAAAAAAAAAAAAAAAAAAAAAAAGACUCUAGUGCACUCUGUCUUAAAAUACGUUUACAGUAUUGAAACAAGUACAAGGGUAAAAUGAUAUUUCUGUGUAUGUGUGUUUUAAACAAACAAGUAUUUUUUUUUUUUUUUUUUUUUUUUUUGCUUAUAAAGUUUCUCUGAAUGCCACAGUGGCUAUGUGUAUAUUGGUUUUUUUGGUGACGGGGUUUUAGUAUAUAUAUAAAUAUAUAAAUAUAAAUAUAUAUAUGACUUUUUUUUUUUUCUUGUUUACUGUAAAAGUAUACCAGUAUUUGUAAUAUUGGAGAAUGCCUGGGCAUUUUACAAAAAAAAAAAAUGGGGAAAAAAAAAAAAAAAAAGUUUUUUUUAAUUUAAUUUUUAUUUUUUAAAAUAUUUUUGUUUGUUUGUUUGUUUGUUUAAUUUUGCAGUCCAAAUUUAAACGGUGGGUCUCGAUUUUUUUUUUUUUUAAACAUUUUUCUUUUAAAAAACAUUUUUUUUUUUUGUCACUGUGACUGUAAAAGUCUUGAGUUUUAAUUUUCCGUAGCUUUCUGCCUUUGGGUGUGAGAAAAAUAAAGACGAAUUCAUUAAAAAGAGAACUGCAAAAUCGAGCUCGUAGGCUGAGGGGCCUGUGAUGAUGAUGAUGAUGAUGAUGAUGGUGAUGAUGAUGAUGAUGAUGUCCGGAUAAUUUCCCCCUAAACGUUAAUACUUUACAGGAAGACAAACAAACAAACAAAAAAAAAAAAUCCUUGUCAUCUGUAUGUUUUGUUUUUUUUUAAUUUAAGCUGGAACGGAUACUCGUAAAGACAAUAUACGUCUUUGUAACGGGGCUUGAAAUGUUUGGACCUUGUGAUGCGACGUCGCCCCCCCCCUACAUCCCAUCCCCUCCCCUCCCCUCCUCCCUCUCUCUCUGAGCUGCCACGGUAGAUCCGUUUUUUUUUAAAAAUAAUUUUUCGGCAGGAUCAAAACGGGAAGCAUUUUGCAUUUCUGAAUAUGAAACCUGUAUAGAAGGGAUUGAAAGGUUGUGUGAUGGCCUUUUACUGUAGCUGCAUAUAUGACAGUAAAUGUUUUCGCUCACUAUUAUAUUGGUUGUAAAUAUUUCUUUUUCUUUCUUUCUUUCUUUUUUUUUUUUUUGUAAGGAAAAAAAAAAAAAAUGCUUACCCAGACUUUUUUUGCUUUUUGGUUUUCUUUGUGUGUGUGUUGGGAGUGGCCCCGGGAGCAGCCUGUCUUUUACCUGUUUGCCCCUCCACCCCCAGCCCUGUGUGUUCGAUUCUGAGUGUAAAAACGCGGUUCUGUACGGGGCCUGCAACGUGCAGCUCUCUUAGCAUGAGAAGAAUAGAGCACAAAUACAAACUGUUUUACUUGUCUAACUCAUUUUCGCUCUUUUGUGUCAUCAUUUUCUUUCCAACAAGUUAAAAAAAAAACAAAACACACACUUCACUAACUCUCACUCAGCGUGUACUUGAGGGUGUCUAAACAGACAAAUAGAUAGAUAGAUAGAUGUCUCAAUACGGUACAACACUAGAUACAUAUACACGUAUCAGUAUACAACUUUCACUCCCAUAUACGAUGAAGGUCUUUGCCUCGAACCAGAGGCUACGACGGUCACGGAUCGUUUGGCGACGUAUGCAAACACGUGAAAAACGACCGGGACUACGUAACAAACACCGACGGGCACGACAUACACGUGCGCACGCAUGGCUUCGACAACCUCUAAAGACGCUACUCAUAACAGACUCCAGACAAAGCGUGCCACACAAACGUGACUUAAAUGCUAGUGCUCAUUAACCCACAAUGUGAAUCAGGUGGGAACAGUCAUGUGACACGAGUGUCGCGAUCACGUGAGAUAACGCGCCUGAUGGGAAACGUAGUCCUGCCAUCUUCCGUCCAACCAUGACGUAUAAAUCUAAUCUCAUUUAAAAGAAAAACAAAAACAUUUAAAAAAAAAAAAAAAAUAGAUCAUUAUAUAGAUAGUGAAAUAGAAAAUGCUAUAAAAACAAACAAACGAAGAAAUAAAUGAAGAAACAAAUACAUAAAUGAACGCCGAAAUGUUUGAAAAGAAACAACCGUCGUUUCCCUGCAAGCUUUUAACUUAAUGUCUGAGUGUGCGCUAUAGGAUGUAUUAUAUAUAACAAGAAGCCUGUAGAUAGUGUUAUACAUCCAUAAUACGAUAACAUAAAAAGUAAAACAACAAACAAAUCAAUGGACGCCACGGAAAACAAACAUUUCAUGAUUUAAAAUUUUAUAAUAAUUAAUAAUUUUUUUAAUGAAGAUUUCAACUGCGAUCCCC